UAAUAUAACUUAUUUGUUUUCAGUAGUUAGCCAACAUCAAGGAAUCAUUACUCAUGAAUAUCGAUGGUCGUGGUGGCUGCUUAUUAUACUGUAGUCCAUCUUUUAUUUCUUGUACAGUCGAAGGAAAUUUAACUAUUAGUUGGUUUUUCCUCAAUAAUUUAAUCCAUAACGUAAUGGAUAGUUUUUUACACCGUGCUUCAAGUUGUUAAAAUGCAUGUUUUAAGAGAUAAUCAUUAUAAAGGGGUUAAAAAAUUGGUAUGAAGUUUAAGUAAAAAGUUGGAGUUACCAAUCAAAAUUUCAACUUAUUUAUGUAUUCUGCUCGUCCUGAACAAAACUAUGAAUGGUUUUAGGAGAAAUCAUAAAUAAGUAUGUUUUUUUGUAAUAAUUGAAAUGGAAAUUUCAUAUUCGUGUAUUGUCCUUACGAUUUUCCCCUGAAAAUAACCAAGUUAUCUGUCCCUGACAGCUUACCAGAGUUCUGUAGUCAGAACAGCUUAGUACAGCACCAACAAACGUCCCAUCCCCUAGCGUUCACUACCUUAUCGAUAAUCAUGACGCCCAGCACUUUAACUUUAAUACCGUCUAUUAGUUUUGAAAGUUAUUUACGUGUUUGGAUUAGUGAGCAGUUAAAAUAUUACGAGAUUAAUUUAUUUCCUUUUAAUUUAUCAUCAUGUUAGAGUGAGAGUAUGAGGUCGUUGUGUAAUUGUGUGUUUUUUAAUGGAUUAAAGGUGCUUGUGUGAACGGAAGUUACCAGGUGAUUUGUAAAUAGAUGGUACAUACAAAAUUAGGAAGUUACGUUUAUGUUAGUUUUGCUCAAACUUGUGUUUGUUUUUUACUGUAUGAAGUGUGGCUAGAAAAUAACCAGACUGAGGCUGAAAAUAAAUUUUGCUUGCAGAUAUUUAAAAAAUGAUGUUAUCCCCUUCAGUAUACUACCCUCCUGGGACACUUCAGAAAAAUUUGGGACCAUCGCCAAAGAAGAAGUUCAGCCCUCAUUCUGGACUCUGACUACAAUGUUCUCAGACCUGCUUAUGUAUAUACAUUUCUGAUAUCCAGAAUGGACACUAGAAAAGGAUCCAUUAUCUGCUGUCUGGCGUGGAUGUCCUGGAGGAGGUGGCCAGCUGCCAGCCAGACUUUGUGACUGUCGAUUAGACGUACAACAUUGUGAGGGUCAUCAACGUCACGGGUCCAUACCAGAACGGCUGGCAGUCGGAGAUGACGGCACUGCAUCUCCAAGGCCAUCUAGUAGAUCCGGGAUAUCUACGUCGGAAUACAUAGGCAUCAGGCAGUACACAGAUAUUUAAAAAUUGAUGUUAUCCCCUUCAGUAUACUCUCCUCCUGGGACACUUCAGAAAAAUUUGGGACCAUCGCCAAAGAAGAAGUUCAGCCCUCAUUCUGGACUCUGACUACAAUGUUCAUCACACCUGGGGAAGAACAAACUAAUCAGAAGCACCCAAGAGAUGAGGACCUCCAGCAGUUUAUGUUCUGUAAUAGACUCUGUAAUCGAAAGAUGUUCAGAAUGGAGAUCCAUGGACACCGGAUGAAGGAGUGGCUAAUCAAGAGGAUAAGAGGAUACUGCUCCAUGAUCUGCUGUCUGGUGUGGAUGUCCCGGAGGAGGUGGCCAUCUGCUGACUGUACUUUGUGACCAGACCAACAACAUUGUGAGUGUCGACGUCAUGGGUCCAUGCGAGUUGGUGACAGCGGCCAGAGAGAAGAAAUUCUCAUCCAGUAAGAAACUGUCGUGCGGCUCUCAACUGGGGGCCACAGAAUGUAUCCCAGUUGGUGGGAUCCCGAGGCGCCAGGGGAUCCGGUGCUGUCUCCAAGGCCACCUCCGGAGCCAGGAUAUCUACGUUGGAAUACAUGGGACAUCAAGCAGUAUACAGGAUGUCCAGAAUGGAGAUCCAUGGACACCGGAUGAAGGAGUGGCUAAACAAGAGGAUGAGAAGAUACUGCUCCAUGGUCUGCUGUCUGGUGUGGAUGUCCCAGAGGGGAUCCCAGCGCAGGAGGUGGUGGCCAUCUGUUGGCCAGACUUUGUGAGGGUCGACGUCACGGGUCCAUGCGAGGAUGGCUGGCAGUCUGUGACAGACAAUGAGAACAAAUUUUCGUCCAGUAAGAAGCUGUUGUGCGACUCUCAGCUGGGGGCCACAGAACUUCGGUGGUGGGAUCCCGAGGCGCCAGGGAUUCUGCCAACUGAACCACCCUCAGCCGACUGGGAGAAGAUUGCUGCAGAGAUCCGCCCUGGCCCGGUGCUGUCUCCGGAGCCGGGAUAUCUACGUCGGGAUACAGGGACAUCAGGCAGUACACAGGCACUACCCAACCCACCCUGACCCUUUCCUGGGGCAGUUUGACCUGCAGAAGUCCAGUUUGGGCCAACUCCUUUGGAAUUGGAAGAAUGAAGUAAGGUAUCCAGAAUGGACACUAGAAAAUGAUCCAUUAUCUGCUGUCUGGCGUGGAUGUCCUGGAGAAGGUGGCCAGCUGCCAGCCAGACUGUGACUGUCGAUUAGACGUACAACAUUGUGAGGGUCAUCAACGUCACGGGUCCAUACCAGAACGGCUGGCAGUCGGAGAUGACGGCACUGCGUCUCCAAGGCCAUCUAGUAGAUCCGGGAUGUCUAUGUCGGAAUACAUAGGCAUCAGGCAGUACACAGGAUGUGGACAAUGGAGAUAAAUUGACACCAGAUGAAGGAGUGGCUAAACAAGAGAAUGAGAGGAUACUGUUCCAUGAUCUGCUGUCUGGCGUGGAUGUCCCGAAGGAAGUGGCGACCCGGCGACUGUACUUUGUGACCAGACCAACAACAUUGUGAGUGUCGACGUCACGGGUCCAUGCGAGUUGGUGACAGGGGCCAGAGAAUUUUUUUAAUUUUGUGCAGGCAUGUUACCCAAGCCACCCUGACACUCCUGGGGCAAUUUGACUAGGGCCAACUCCUGCGGAAUCAGAAGUACAAAACAAGCUGCGCAAUCGUUAAGGUCAGCCGGCCACAGACGCGCCGCCGCUCAGUACGAUGUUGACUGUGGAACAAAAAGCACAGUGCGUGAUUUGGUCCAGCCAAGAUGUCCAGAAUGGCGUUGGAGAUCAAUAGACAACACCCGCAGGAGGUGGCCAGCUGCUGCUCGGACUCUGUGACUGUCGACCGGACCAACAAGCACCAAACCCUUCCCUCAAGGAAUAUGCGCAUUUACGGAGUAUGCAAAAUCUCAACAAAUUACGAGGGAAACAUGAAAAUAUUUUGAAUAAAUUAAGUAAAUUUAAAUAUAUUUCUAGUUUUUCAUUCAGUUUUAAGGUAAUGUUAAUAUAUUUAUAAUUAGUUGAGUUAAUUUACAUGUAUUUAUAGUUAGUUAAGUUAAUUUAAAUAUAUUUUUAGUUAACUUAAUUUAAAUAUAUUUAUACUAGUUGUUAAGAAAAUUUUGAUUGAUAGAACUAGUAAAAGUACACAUAUUUUACACAUAAUUAGAACUGAGCAAGGGCGCACCAACGAGGGGAAGGGGAAGAAAUGGUCCGGUCUCGCAGCAACUACAAACGGUUAGUUAUUACUAUUUCUUGUGGCUUCUACCUGUACCUGGUAUAGAUAGCCGCUUGGUGAAUGGCGUGCGGCUGACGCAUGCGCAGAGAAGCCUAUCCCCCUCUUUGCCCGGCCACGUGGUGCAGUACAUUCACAGGUCGCAUUUGUUUCGUUCAGUCUGUCUUCUGCUGCUCGUUCUGUUUAGUAGUGUCUGACAAUUGUGAUUGUUUUGUUUAUGUGCGACAGUACGUUACUGUAGUUGAGUUAAUUUUGAUAAAUAAAAAUUGUUGUAACUAC